AUUCCCGAUGAGCUCGUCUCCUUGUCCACCAGCAUACAAGAGCCCUCAUCGUCGGUCCUUUCAUAGAUAAGAACAUCGAAAUUCAAAUUCUAGUUCAUCGUUCGCGAAAAGAUAAGCCUCUUCAGUGCGAGCCUCGAAUGAUCCCCAUUGUGAUAAGUACCACUUGGUACUGGUAGGGAGAACCAGUUUCACCAAUCUUUCUCGUAGGAAGCCCUAACUGAAGAAUCACUCUACCAUCCUCAAAUUUCCGAAUCUGAAAUUGAUGAUCGGUGUAAAUACAAUCUUUCGCUGCGUCCUCCUCCCUCCAGGAAGAAAAAGGCAUUCACAUUGAGAAGUUGUUUACUAAGUCUUCGAAGUGGCCAGUCAGAUUUUCUGAAACAUACGAAGGACAUCAAGAUCGAUUCUUUCUGUUGCUCCUCUCAGUUGUUUGACAUAAGUAUUUUAGUUGGACUUUCGUACCUCCACUCCUACGUAUACUGGUGCCCCAAAAGAAACUAGUGUCGCAAACUACACUUAACCACCAAAAAAAAUGGCAGACGGAUUGCAGGACCGCAUCGUCGCGCUCAAAGAGCGUCUUCUCGCUCGUGUCAACCUCUCCCAUGAGGUUCCUGUUGCUCCCGAAGCAGCUACCAAGAACCUUCCAGAUGGGUCUAUUAGGGCUUCCGGGAAUCUGCCAUUUUGAAAAGCAUCUUGGCACCCCUCCUCACCGUCUAAGGGUCGUGGAGAAACGGAGGACCCAAGAUGACUUUCAAAAGAUGGAUUCCGGGAAGAUCUAACUCUCUUGAAGAGGGUGGCGCGCCAGGCGCUUCCUCUGACGCUGUAGCAACAGAGCAGAGUGAGCAACCUCCGGCCACGUCUCCUCCCGAAGGGUCCGCUGAUGCUGUUCAACAAGAAGAGAUGAAGAGCCCGAUGGAUGAAGAAGUCGACUCAGUUCUCGCAGAGUUGGAGCCGUUGACACUGUCGCAUCAAUUACUGUUAAGGACAAGGACAUGAAGAUUGAUGUGUGACCGCUCCGACUUGUAGUUUCUGAUUUAAUUACAACAACCCAUGGUAUGGACAUUUAGGAUUAAAACACAUGAUGUGCUGGUGAUGCUACUUCUGCCUACACAAGAAAGAAUCCUUUCUGCACUGAAGGUCUUCCGCUACGACGAAGUAGUUGCAAUACUAAGAACAUCUGUUUUUAGAAUUAUCAUCUUGUCGUACUAUCUCUAUCAUUCUAAUCCCGAAAACGACUUUGAUUGGCAAGGUGAUGCGCGACGUCUCCAUGGAUGCUAAGCUGAGUGAGGAUGUAAAGAAAAAAGCCGCUGCUUUGAUCGAAAAGUGGAAGAAGACCGUGUUGCUUUCGCAGAAGAGUAGCCGUGACCUGAGUGCAGCUACUAGUACCAGUGCCAGCUCUUCAAGUACCAAUACAGGUGCUACAGGAGCGGCGUCGAACAAAUUCCCAUUCACGCCUGUCACAGGAAACGGACAUGAUCUUGUAUUUUUAUAAGUACUAAACUAAUUCACAUGGAUAAGUUUACGGUUGUACAUUUAGACCUGUAUUACUAGAUUGAAACAUCAGCAAGUUGUACAGUAGAAAUUCUCCUGUCACUGUCCACAGCACUGCAAACGCACCAAACAACCACAGCCCGCCGAGCGAGAACGAGAAUCACGAAGAUUACCAGCAGUGAAACCCAUGAGCACUCAGGAACUACUUCCAGAUAUUAGGGGGAUGGGUAGUAGUUUGACGCAGAGUCAAGAUUUUGCCGCAGGCGAUGAUCCUCGCAUGAUCUUGCGAAUCAAGCUCGAAAAAGCGCUCUCUUAUGCGGCAAACGAAACGGAGUCGAAAAUACUUGUACUACUUCUAGUGCUACAAUUUCAUUUUCCACCACUUGUAGAAGAAUUAUGUUUUCCAAUAUUUUAAUUUUUAUAUAUAACUGCAACAUCAUCUUGCUGAUCAUCGCAGUCACAUCAGAACCUCAAACCCUCCUACAACAGGAAGGAGAAGAGCAGCUCAAAACAGAGAAGCAACUCGCUAGCGAAAUUGAGCAGGUGCUGUAUAACAAAUUGAAGGAGAAGCGGGAUUAUGCUCACCAGAGUCGAUCCAUCCUAACAAAUUUGCGAGAUGCAAAAAAUAGAGAUUUUAAGCUCAGAGUCCGCUUGGGAGCUUUUAAACCAGAGCAAAUGGCGACGCUGACAACAAAUGACAUGGCCAGUGAUGAGAAGAAUGCGGAGAGGGAGAAAACUAGAAAAGACGCCAUGGAAGAAAUCGAUCUUGACUACGAUAAAAAGAGGGCGAAGGUACUGAAAUUUAGAACGGAAGCUUUCCCCCUCCUCCCUUCCGUACUUACUCGCUCACUGCUCUCUGUGUCUAAGUCCUUUCAGUCCCUGCGCCUUGCAUCUUCUUGAAUACUACUACUACAUCUCACACUAAUCAUUCUGUUCCCUUUUAGCACGCUUCUUUCACAGGUUGGUGUUAACGUUGAGUUCAUUUUCAACAGAGUAAGAAACGCAAACAACUACAACACCUACCCCGCCAACCACCUCCCUUUACAGAUAAGUUCCUCGUUUACAUGCGGAAAGUGUGGCACUAACAAGUGUACGUAUUAUCAGCUGCAGACGCGCUCUUCCGAUGAACCGAUGACAACAUUUGUUACCUGUAUGACAUGCAAUAAUAGAUGGAAAUUCUGCUAAAAGUUCUGAUUUUUUGAUAAGUUCCAUAUUGAUGCUCGUAGGUAUAGCAGUACUCGUCCUCGUGGAAUCAAUUUGCUGCUCCAGUUGUUGUGACGAUCUAUCAUAAAGAGUGGUCGGGACGGAUAGAUGUCAUAGUUGUUGAUAAUAUCUUUGAUAAUUAAGAUAUUACAUGGGUGGUUCUUUUUAUGAUGAUGAUAAAACUUACCAUCAGAGUUCAGUUGUUGUCAGCACGACACAUAUUAUGUCGAAUACUGUAGUCAUGAACAUCUUUUUCUUCCAGCACAACGUCGCGCCCCCCGUCACUCCAUUAUCAUGAUGAUGCAAGUUUUCAUCUUAUUCACCACUCCGCCAUUCGCAAACGCUACCAUGAUGCAAGUCGUAAACCUCCAGCAUUCUUCGCAAACGCAAUGACUCAGCAUGAGUCAAGCUCUUCACACAACCAACGCAGGACUUUUGCAGCAGUGAAUGUGAACUUCUUCGUCAUCCGCCAUCUCUCCAUAUACUUUCAUUCAGUUAUGGGAAUGUGUCACAUGGAGUCCAUGCGAGAGACUGUUCUUCCAAUCCCAAGAAUCAUCUUCCAUCCUAAGAGCAGACAGGCAAAGGCAAAUUUUGCAAUCGGUUUUAGGAAUGACGGAGUUCGUAGCUAUGAAAUGUCUUCGCCUAUCUCCCAUGUAAAUGUUGAAUUUGAUGCUGGUGUAUGAAGUCUACCACGACAUGGCUAGAUGUGCAGUGAAGAUCAUGCCUGCAUGCCAAGAGCCCAGUGUGUGUGCGUGUGCGAAAAUAAUAAUUGAAAAGUCAGUGCUCAUACGAAUUCAGUGCAAUCUUGGAGCUUAUUAGUUUAAAGAAUUGGAGUGAGCUAUCGCAUCUUCUACUUUGCAUGAUCAUCAUCUUCCGCUUGUGCAACCUCUGCCUUCACAGGGAGUGUGAUUGACCUUUUGGUGUGUUGAAAGUAUUGAUUCAGCUUAUGUUAUUGCAUGUCCACUUCUCUUUCAACAUGACGAAACGACAGUCGUUAUGGUAGUAGGAUAAGUGGAAGUGGAUAAACCUUGUUUGAUGGCCUCGUGUAGAUGAUAUCAUAGCUGUAAGAAAAGAACAUGCGCGUGGGGUGCCUCUACCCUUAGAGGACGCUCGAACAGUGCUCUUCGCGCGGCCUGGGAAGGGACGGCGUCAUCUGCCAAAUUACAAAACGUUAGCAGUAGCGACACAUCAGAAACUAAUCCCUAGCGACACUUCCUGAAAAGCGACCACGACGCGCCAAGUAGUUCUACUUCGUUUCACCCAGAAAAGAAACCACUGUAGAUCAAUCGUUGUACUAGCAACUACUACAACUUUCGCCGAGUAACUUCACAAACAAAAGCCAGUACAUCACAACUCCUUCUAGAUCUUCCAGCACAUCACGUUAUAUUAUACGAUGGAUAAGACGCAAGGUGGUCAAGAUUCUGACGCAGACGAUGAUCCUCGCAUGAGCGUACGAAUCAAGCUCGAAAAAGCGCUCUCUUAUGAGGCAAACGAACCGGAGGCGAAACUGCUUGUACAACUUCUCGUGCUACAAUUUCACUUUCCACCAGUUCUAGAAGAAUUAUGUUUUUGCUGGACCACAAGAACACAGACUGUUGAGCCGCGUGUAGUUUCUCGGUGAGAAGCACUGAGCUUGGUGCAAUUUGAACUCACAGCCUGAGACUAAUGGUCUCUGGCUGGUUUGACUUUGAUCCCUGUGGGUUUUCAUUGGGGUUGCAUUGGGAUGCCACGAUGGGGGGAGUUUCAUGCGCUUCAUAUGGAUACGCUUCGAGCUUAUCAAUAUUAACUUUGCACGAUCAACCUACACCAGUACUUAUCUGGAUCUGACUGACCUUAGAUAGGCGGACAUGCAUCAGAUCACAUCCUGCGAGACCUAGCACGAGACCGAGAGUACCCCGCGACGGUUCUUGAUGCACUUUGAACUGGUCAGAACUGACAGGACGGCACGGACCUGGUUACAGCUAUGGACAUUCGUUAGCUCUGCUACGUGAAUACGUUGAAGGCCCUUCGUCUGUUGAUCGUCGACCUUGGAACCAUAUGCGUUGAGGUCUGUUAGUUUCCUUGAGAUCUUUCCGGUGGUGCUUUGUCCUUGACAUUGACUGUUCUGAGAGACUUGAAACAACAAACGAGAGAGAGAAGGGAGAAGCCGCCGACACCCGCGCCAACUAAGGCCAACGCGUUGAAAAUGGUGCCGGUGGGUACCUUGUUCGCCUGGCGAUCUUGGUCAUUUCGUUGAUCUUUAUCCUUUGGAUCUUGGUGGAUCUUUGUGGCAUUUCCAGGAUUCAGAUCAUGACCAACAGUUUUGCAUUAUUUUUAUAACAACAUCAUCUUCAGGAUCAUCGCAGUCAUAUCAGAACCUCAAAUCCUCUUACAACAGGAAGGAAAAGAGAAGCAGCUAAAGACAGCGAAGCAGCUCGCGAGCGAAAUUGAGGAGGUGCUGUAUAACAAAUUGAAGGAGAAGCGGGAUUAUGCGCACCAGAGUCGAUCCAUCCUAACGAAUUUGCGAGAUGCAGAAAAUAGGGAUUUUAAGCGCAGCGUCCGCGUGGGAUUUUUUCAACCAGAACAAAUGGCGACGCUGACAACAAAUGACAUGGCCAGUGAUGAGAAGAGAGUAGACACCAUGGAAGGAAUCGAGCUAUACUACGAUAAGAAGCGACCGGAGGUACUGAAAUUUAACAAAGUUUUGGCACGCUUCUUCUUCGCUAUCAAUUGUCCUCUCAUUGUUUCACAGAUUGGCGUUAAUCUUGAGUUCAUUUUCAACAGAGUAAGAAAGGCAAGGAACUACAACACCUACCUCGCCAACCACCUCCGUUUACAGAAAAGUUCCACGUUUGCAUGCGGAAAGUGUGGCAGUAAGCACUUGACGUAUUAUCAGCUUCAGACGCACUCUUCCGAUGAACCGAUGACAACAUUUGUUACCUGUAUGACAUGCAAUAAUCGAUGUAAAUUCAGCGAAAUGUUAUGA